AUGGUGCGACGGCGGCUGGGUGAUGCUGGUCCAGGCGGACGAGGUGCGGGACGCUCCGGUGGGGGCUAUGACGAGGCCCAGGCCCAAGCUGGAGCGGUCCUGCGAGGAGAACGAAAGCCGACCAAUCCGCUCACUGCCGGACAAGUGCACGUGGCCUUCAAAUGUCACAAUGGCAAACACAUCAAAGCCGAAUCAAACGAAGAGCUGCGUGCUUCGAGCUCGGUCAUCAAAGAGCCAGAGAAGUUCGAGGUGGAGCGCUCUGGCAGUGAGUCAAUCUACUUGAAGUCCCAUACUGGAAAGUAUUUGACGGUGGACAAAAACGGCGACGUGCACGCAUCAGGAGUAUCUGCCUCCGAUGGAUCUGUCUUCCAAGUUUUGCUCCAGGAGAAUGGGCUCGUGGCCUUGCGCAGCCACUGUGGGUUCGUUGCGGCCGAAGCAAAUGGCCGGAUCCGUGCAAACCGAUCGCUGAUAGGAAGCUGGGAGCUGUUCCAGGUCAAGGACCGCUCUAGAAGGAGCCGCACAGAGCAUCCGGGUCACGAGCUUCCGGAGCCGGAUGAACAAGAUGAUGCUCCUGCCUUUUUCGAUGCUUUCUGCCAAGUUGAAGGCAUUCUGACUGCGGAAGAGCGUUACGCGAAGACCCACCAUGAUCGCACGGCAGUGCUCUUCGACAAGAGGGUGCGGUCCCGUCGGCGAGAUCACAUGGAGUGGAGCUUCAAGCACUUCUACAUGGAAAAGGAGUAUCCUCCCUCCUUUCGCGGCUGUGUAUCGGCAUGGGACAUCACUCGUGUAGAGAUGGACGCAGAUGGUGAAAGUGAUACGCCCAAGGCCGAGGAUACCGAGGACGCUGUGCGACCCAGGACACGCUCCGGGUCGGAUGGCUCGGAGGUUGUAAGCUUCGACGGCCUCGAGGCGGGCAGAUGUCACUGGAAGAAGAUUCUCCAGGAGGAUCUCACAGAUGCUGUGCGCAUCAUCGCAGCAUUCGGCGUGCCAGCCGCCUCGGCAGCGGACGCAGACGAGGCAGCCUGGCAGCGUUUGUUGGCAACGCAAGCCGGCUGCAAGCAAAAAACUGCGCAUGUUCUCGUCAUGUGCUCUUCGGGGCUUUGCAAAGCUAUCGGACCGAUCGGUGUCGACUGCAGCCCUUGGCCACCAGCCCUCGACGCAGUGUUUGCGGAGCGUUUUGCAGGUCUCGGUGCCGGUUCCAUUCGGCUGAAGUUUGGCGCCCUGCCUGGCGAGGCCUACGACGUCGACAAGGAUCCUGUUUUCCUGGCCUGGAAGCGGGCGGCAGGUCCCACUGCCCGCGGAGAG